AGUGUAAGAGGAGAAGGGGAGGUGGGCCUCCCGGCGGGGGGCGGGCGCCGAGCGGCUUCCUGGCCUUGGGCUGCGCCGCCCCGAGCGCGCGGGCUGGGAGGUGGGAGGCGCGGCAAGGUCAGGCCGGAGCCGGGCGCCUGCCAGCCUUGGGGGCGGGAGACCCUCCCGCGGGGGCUGGGCCGAGGCCUCCCGGCGCUCGGCCAUAUUGAAUAGCCUCGGCCUGUCCGUCUUUGUCCGCCGAGUCCGCUCUCCGGUUCCCAGCCACGUCCCGGGUGCCUGGGGCGGGAGGGAGCCGGUGGGCCCCGGCCGACUUGGCGUGGCCUUCGAGGCUGGGGACCCACGUCCCUCUGGCUCCCGCGAGCGGCCUGCGCGCUGCUUCCCCACCAGCGUCGGGGUGAGCAGAAUCUGGGCACGCACUGGGCUUGCUGCGAGCGAAGAGCCCGCCCGGUCCCUGGCUCCCCUACCUCUGCCCCAAGACCCGAGGCUGCUGGUAGUUUGUUCGGGCUCUUGGCCCGCCGGCCCCAGAGACCACCCUGGAGAUCUUAAAGACCCUCGAGAAGAGCCACGUGGGGGGCUGGUUCCCCUGGGGCUUCCUGCCGUCCCCCGACAGCCUGAUCCUAUGGAGCGUGCCGGACUCCUGCAAGGAUGUGGACUUGGACGUGCUGGUGGAGGCCCUGAAGCCGGUGGGAACCUUUAAGAAGAUCGGCAAGGUGUUCCGCCGCGAGGAGGACUCCACCGUGGGCAUGCUGCAGAUCGGGGAGGAUGUGGACCACCUGCUCAUCCCCCGGGAGAUCCGGCUGGCCGGGGCCGUCUGGAGGGUCAUCUCCAAGCCGGCCACCAAGGAGGCGGAAUUCCGGGAGCGGCUGACCCAGUUCCUGGAGGAGGAGGGUCGCACCCUGGAGGACGUGGCGCGUCUCAUCGAGAAGAGCACCCCGCACCCGCCGCAGCCCCCCAAAAGGCCCAAGGAGCCCGGAGGGAGGCGGCGCGUCCCGCAGAUGGCCACGCCGCCGCCGCGGCUGGUCGUGGGCACGUACGACAGCAGCAACGCCAGCGACAGCGACUUCAGCGACUUCGAGGCGUGCAGAGCCCAGGCCGCCAGGGGCGCGCGCCGCGGCCGGAGGGUGCGCAGGAUGCCGGUCAGCUACCUAGGCAGCAAAUUCCUGGGCAGCGACGUGGAGAGCGAGGACGACGAGGAGCUGGUGGAGGCCUUCCUGCGGCGCGGGGAGAAGCAGCCCAGCGCGCAGCCCGCGCGCCGCCGCGUCGCUGUGCCCGUGCCCGUGGUGGAGGACAACCCCGGGCCGCCGCUGUCCAGGGCCGACCGGUGGCGAGAGUACGUCGGCCGCGUGUCCUGGGGGAGGCUGAAGCAGAGGGUGAAGGGCUGGGCGCCCAGGGCCAGCCCCAGGCUGGGCGAGGCCAGGAGGGCCUCCACCGAGGGCGUGGAGCCAGAGCGCGCUGGUGGUGGCGGCGGCGGCCGUGGGGAGGCGGGCAUCGCUGGAGGGGCGCCCAGGCCCAGGCGAUGGAGGCCCAAGAUCACCUGGGCCUCCUUCCGCCUCCGUCGGAGGGCGGGGGCAGGCGUCCUGGCCGACCAGGGGGCAGGGGCUGCAGAAAAUCAGAGGGCAGAGGCCGUGGCUGACCAGGGGGUGGCAGCUGCAGAUAAUCAGAGGGCAGAGGCUGUAGCUGACCAGGGGGCAGGGGCUUUAGAUAGCCAGAGGGCAGAGGUCUUAGCUGACCAGGGGGUGGCAGCUGCAGAUAAUCAGAGGGCAGAGGCCAUAGCUGACCAGGGGGCUUUAGAUAACCAGAGGGCAGAGGCCUCAGCUGAUCCAGGGGAAGAAGGUCCAGAUAACCAGAGGGCAGAGGCCGUGGCUGACCAAGCGGCUGGGGUUUUAGAUAGCCAGAGGGCAGAGGCCUUAGCUGACCAGGGGGUGGCAGCUGCAGAUAAUCAGAGGGCAGAGGCUGUAGCUGACCAGGGGGCAGGGGUUUUAGAUAGCCAGAGGGCAGAGGCCUUAGCUGACCAGGGGGUGGCAGCUGCAGAUAAUCAGGGGGUAGAGGCUGCAGCUGACCAGGGGGCAGGGGCUUUAGAUAACCAGAGGGCAGAGGCUGUAGCUGACCAGGGGUCAGGGGCCUUAGAUAACCAGAGGGCAGAGGCCUCAGCUGAUCCAGGGGAAGAAGGUCCAGAUAAUCAGAGGGCAGAGGCCUUAGCAGACCAGGGGGCAGGGGCUUUAGGUAACCAGAGGGCAGAGGUCUCAGCUGAUCCAGGGGAAGAAGGUGCAGAUAAUCAGGGAGCAGAGGCCUCAGCUAAUCCAAGGGCAGGGGCUGUAGGUAGUCAGAGGGCGGAGGCCUCAGCCAUCCAGGAAGCUGAAACUCCACCUGCCCUGGGAGCCACAGGGCCCGUGCCAGGAGCCAGGGCCCGCAAACCGGUCAAGACCGUGAGAUUCCAGACCCCUGGACGCUUCUCGUGGCUUCGCAAGCGCUGGAGAGCCUUCUGGAACAGCCCCCGGCUGCCAGUCCUGCCCAGGAGAGGCCCCCGGGCAGGGGAGGCCAGGAGCCUCCAGGUGCUGAGGGCGGGGGCCAGGGCCGAGGGGGGGCGGGGGGAGCGAGAGCAGGAAGCCCAGCUGUGAGGGGGCUCAGGCGGGCACCUCGGGGAGCCUGGCGGAGGGACCCCUCGCGCCCGCCCUCCGCCCGCUGAGCCGCUUCCCUGUUUUUGUUUAAAACAAAAACAAAAACAAACUCCGUGUAGCAACCCAGAGAAUGUAAAGAAGCCGAGACGCGCCCACGUCUCGUGCGUCCUCAAUGCGGUUCCUGGUGCUCAGCCGCGGACGGAGCGGAUUCCCGCCUUUCCCUGGUUCCCUCUUGCCCGCCUGCGUCACGUGGGCAGCCUCCUUGAACUUGAACCGAGGCUUCGAGCCAACAAGCAAAUAAAAAUGCUUACGAGUCCAUUUCUUAGCUUUGGACUUGGCAACCGACAAA